UUUCUACUUUGCGUGCUAUCACACAGACGCUUCCCUCUUGUAUCAAUGCGUGAUUGAAGGGAAACUUCUUUUGGGAAGUGCGUGGAACUACUUUUGGUCGACUUUGGAGCGAAAACGCUCAUAUCUUCUCGCACACGGCUUCAUGGAAACGUGAUUUAACAUAAUGUGCGUGUCCGUCUUCAACGACAUGCAGUAAACAGUGUGCGGGCUGGUCAUUUUUUAUUCCAAGAGUGUUAUGUUUUUGGUUUUUACUACGUCGCGGAAGGAUCUAAUUUUCUCAAGCGAGGGUCGACACAUCCGCCCAGUUUUCCGAUGUUUCAUUCCCCCCCGAAUUGAAAAUGGAGUUCGAUUAAAGCAGAUGCCCCACAACUUCUCAAGGAAAUUUCCAGUCUGGCUGUUUUUACUUUGACCGCCAGUGUUCGUGUUGAAAGCAGUUGGACCUUUUCGGGGGGCUUUGGAUGCCUUUACUGCAGAGUCCUCGGACACGUUGACGGAGCAACGCCGCACACAGCGCUUUUUCAAGUGUUGUACUGGACCUGAAGUUGGCGAAUGGAUGCUCGACAGCCAGCCAUAAAUAACCUGCCAAACCACACAGUCUGCAGCCGUCCCUGCGUGUUUUGAGGAUCUAAACGCAUUUUUACGCGCAAAGCGAGGAUCUGUGUUUGUCGAGGGAGAGGACGAUGCGGAUGAUGGCCCAUUUGUUGUGGUCGGAUUUUACUUCCAGGGAGGAUAAAAUGAAUCAACGGUUGUCAUUCCUCCUCCUCCUCGCGAUUUAACGUUAGUUCCAGUCGCCAGCAAAGCUAACGUUAAGCUAGCUCCCCACUUGGUUUUCACAUGGACGCUUAUUGAGUCAGGUUUAUACCCCGUUGUACGUCGUCUGCUUACCAUCCCGGACAGAGGUUUAUUUCUACAUGUGAAGGAAAAUGGUGAUAUUUGUGGUAUUUUAUCCCGCCGUCACUGCGUUGUCGAUGCUAUUGCUAGGAUUUGGAUCCCCGUGAGGAAAAAAAUGAGUGAAGAUUCAACAAAUCCAAACAACGAUGACAAUUAUGCACGUGUGAGAGCAGUGGUCAUGACUCGGGACGACUCCAGUGGUGGGUGGCUUCCCCUGGGGGGCGGAGGCCUUAGCUGUGUCACCGUCUAUAAGGUGAGCCGGGCGGAGGACAGCAACAGCACCCACAGUGGAGGCAGCGGAGGAAGCAACAACAAUCUUAGCCCCUGUAGCCCCAGUCCUAGUCCCAGUCCCACCACUGUGGAGUUCCACAUCAAGGGCGAGAGGCUCAAAGACAAAUUGGUGGUCCUGGAGUGUGUGCUACAAAAAGGCAUCGUAUACAACAAGGUCAAUCCCAUCUUUCAUCACUGGAGAAUCAACGAUAAAAAGUUUGGACUGACCUUCCAGAGCCCCGCCGACGCCCGUGCUUUUGACCGGGGCAUUCGCCGAGCCAUUGAGGACAUCAACCAAGGAUGUCGACCGUUUGGUGAAGGCGAUACUCCAGAGGACGGACUACCGGUGUGUGACGAACCUCCCUCCAUCUGUACGCCGAUGAAAGAACCGUUCUCCCCCCUGAACAACGUCGUCUCCACCGAGCCAUUCCGGGGCUGCUACGUCCGCGCACAGCCCUUCGACGAGUUCCCCUCCAGCAACCGCCGCUAUCUGCCUCCACAGGUCUCCUUUAAGUCAACCCGUCAUGUCAGCUUUCACAUGGACGAAGAGGAGAUCGUUCGCAUCAACCCUCGCAAGGACGUGCUCAUCCGCGGCUAUGAGGACUACCGCCAUCCUGUCAUGUGGAAACAGGAGGCGGACCGCGAGGACCUGGACUUCCCCACCACCUUCCACAAACUGGACAGUAAGAAGUGCGAGUACCUCUUCCCGGACGGCCCCGGUGGGGACUCCCACUCUGGCCACGGUAUGGGAAUAGGAACAGGUAUGGGGCUGGGUUUGGGCAAGGACACAGCCAUCAAGACUCAGCCCUCGCCCCUGCUCAAGUCCAAGAAGGGGCGGCGGCGGCGAGAGGACGGCGAGCGCUCGCGCUGCAUUUACUGUCGGGAGAUGUUCAACCACGAAGACAACUGGCGGGGGCAGUGCCAGGACGCCCCCGACCCAAUCAAGCAGUGCAUCUACAAAGUCAGCUGCAUGCUGUGCGCAGAGAGCAUGCUGUACCACUGCAUGUCUGACUCCGAGGGCGACUUUUCAGACCCUUGCUCAUGUGACACGUCUGACGAGCAGUUCUGUCUACGCUGGCUGGCCCUGGUGGCGCUCUCCUUCAUCGCGCCCUGCAUGUGCUGCUACCUGCCCCUGCGCGCCUGCCACCAUUGUGGCGAGGCCUGCCGCUGCUGCGGGGGCAAGCACAAAGCCGCGGGGUGACCCGUCACCAGGCUCUGGGACACCCUCAAAGCUAUAGCUAACACAGGAAGUGGAUAAAAGCGGAAAAUUAAAAAAGCCGACAUCCUUUUUUCAUUCCCCUCUCAGACGGGGUGAUGUGUUGUUGAUCCCCAGCUCUGAGGGCUUUUGGAGAUUUCAGUUUGUGUUUGUCGUACGACAAGCAGCAGUGGAGGACAAACCAUAUGCUUUGUGGGGGGGCUCUGAGCAUCAAGCUACGUUCAGGAGCUUCACCUGAGGAGACGGGGGGAAUCGUCAAGACUAAUAGACUUGGAGAUGUUACUUAACACACCUGUACACAUACACACAUUCAUUGACAGAGCCAGGCCACAAACGUCAGAACUCUACUUCAAGUAAAGUGUAACUUUAUGAAGGAAAAACGUCUUUUGUACAGAGAGCAGCAACAUAUUGACAAAAAAAAGAAAAGAAAAAGAAAACAAAAGCUAUUCUGCAUUCACAAAAAUACUUGCUGUUUGAGUAUGCUAAAAGGGAUACGUUCUUGCUUUUUGUGUGAAUUUGCAGUUGGGUAACAGUGGCCUUUCCUUCACAGCUUAAGCAUUUUCUGACAGUAUAAUUACUAGAUGGAGAAAAGUGCAACAGAAAUGGUAUUUUUCCCCCUCAAAGUUACCCUCUCAAUUUGUUGGGAGGGGGUGGGGGGGGGGGUACUUUAGCCACCAUAUUUAGUGUAAUUUUAACAUUAGAGGGAUGCUGCUGUGGUGGAUGUAUGGCAAAUAUGAUUUCCUUGUUUUCUUUUCCAUGACAUGUUGUAAAAAAAAAUAA